AUGUCAAGAUUGCAGUAUGUCGUCGAGAGCGGGGCUCAGGAUGGACCGCCAGCUUGGACUUUUUACGAGUCGACCACUUCGCCUACCUGCACCUUGGAGGACGACUGGUGCAUUUCGUCCAGCAAUGAUGGCCUUGAAUGCAGCGAGGAUAUGCCUUAUGAAGAUGCUGAAACCUUGGUUGAAGCUCCCGAUACUACCUGCUGUCAGCGUCUGGGCAGCGCGCAACCGAGCAGCUUGCCGGGAGCAGACACAUACGUCCCUGUGGGCGCCCUGAUCAGAGCGGACCUUGGAACGCAGCAAGAAGUCUACGCUAGCGAUACACAAUUUCUUCUCAGAUCAGUAUUUGCAGCGCCGAGACAAUCCAGAAGCUGUCCGUGGGCGGCCGACACUACCUUCCAUUCGUCCGCAUCCCCGCAUGGCCGUGUUGGCCCUACAGACCGGGGGGACCCGAGAGCGGCCGCAUGGACAUAUCAGCACACGGAAGCCGAACGAAUUUACGGCGGCUGGCCUGAAAGUACUCUUGGCGACCGAAGACUGCUGGUGGCAUGGAUGAUGGAGUUGAAGAAUGCAGCACAAUUGCAACGGGAGACACUUUUCCUCGCAAUUUCGUUGCUAGACCGUUUCGUCGCAGCAAGCUCGGGAUAUUCGGUCGACCGCCCAGAGCGGAUGUUGCAGCUUCUGGCAAUGGCUUGCGUGUCGGUCGCCAUGAAGUUUGAGGAGGUCGCGCCGCUCCACAGUACAGAGCUUGUGCGUCUUGCUGUGGAUCAAACAACUGGCAUGCCUCUUUACCAGUGCUCGGACCUGGGUCGGAUGGAGUGGCGACUGCUGUGGAUGCUGGACUGGCGAACACGGGUUCCGACGUCCCUCACAUUUCUGCAGCAUUUUCUGCUCUGCUACUGCUACUGCAGCUGCAGCAACACAAAGUGCACUUGUGGGCUGCCCCAAUCGGAGACCGUUGACCACCUUGUUGACCACUAUGCCGACUUGGAGGUCUGGGCGAAUCGCAUCCUGGAAGUGGCGCUCCUUCACCACUGUGAUUUGCUUCACUGUCAGAGCACUGUCGCAAUGGCAUGUCUUGCGCUAGCGGAGCAGGCCACCGUCGCCGCCAUGGCAGCGGAGUCGCCGGUGUUGACAGCAACAUUGGCUCACACGGCGGACCCGCACACCUCGCUGCCGUCUGCACCAUCGCCGCCAUCAUCGCCUCCGCCGCCAUCAUCACCUCCGCCGCCAGCGCCGGCUUCAUCGAACGGUGGCUGCCCCGGAGCGACGGCUGUCGCCGCCAGGGAACAUGGCUUUUGUUGCCUGAUUGCCGUACAGGCGGUAACGGGUCUACCCAUUGAGGAGCUCGCGCCCAAUUUGUCGUCCUGCAUCGCCUUGCUGAAGCACAUUUGGGUGCCGCUACGCUUCCCAUCAGCUGCCUCCGCCAUACCUGCAACAGCUCUCGCAGUCGGAGGCGUGCAGGCGCGCAGGCGCGCAGGCACAGGCGCAGGCGCGCAGGCGCAGUCGCAGGCGCAGGCGCAGCAACGGCUGCGACAGCAGUGUAAUGGCGUGCAGCUGUUACUGGUGUGGCAUCUUGAAGCGAAUAUCGGGUACGUCCAUAUUCGCCCAUGUCCCAUUCCAACGGAAACGUCACCAUCUGAAUACGAGGGUGGUGUGGGGUGA